CCGCGGGCGGCAUUAGCAUCGCGGCGCGGGGGCCGCGGCUCCGAGCGGCCUUUUCCUUGGCGCUGCCCCGCCGCCCCCAUGGCCCUGUGCAACGGGGACACCAAGCCCGAGAACGCCGGGGGAGAGCUCAAGGAUGGGCAGCACCACUACGAGGGGGCCGUGGUGAUCCUGGACGCGGGGGCGCAGUACGGGAAGGUCAUCGACCGGCGCGUCCGGGAGCUCUUCGUCCAGUCCGAGAUCUUCCCGCUGGAGACGCCCGCCUUCGCCAUCCGGGAGCAGGGAUUUCGAGCUAUCAUCAUAUCUGGAGGACCAAACUCUGUGUAUGCAGAAGAUGCACCAUGGUUUGACCCAGCCAUCUUUACAAUAGGAAAACCAGUGCUUGGAAUCUGCUAUGGAAUGCAGAUGAUGAAUAAGGUGUUUGGAGGCACAGUGCACAAGAAGAGUGUGAGAGAAGAUGGGGUGUUCAGCAUUACCCUGGAUAACACGUGUUCACUCUUCAGGGGCCUUCAGAAGGAAGAGCUUGUGCUCCUCACUCACGGCGACAGUGUGGAUAAAGUAGCCGAUGGAUUCAAGGUGGUGGCACAGUCUGGGAACAUUAUAGCAGGCAUAGCAAACGAAUCCAAAAAACUGUAUGGAGCACAGUUCCACCCCGAGGUGAGCCUCACAGUGAACGGGAAGAUGAUCCUGAAGAAUUUUCUGUACGACAUUGCGGGCUGCAGCGGCACCUUCACGGUGCAGAACAGGGAGCUGCAGUGCAUCCAGGACAUCAAGGACAGAGUGGGCUCCUCCAAGGUCCUGGUGCUGCUCAGUGGCGGGGUGGACUCCACAGUGUGCACAGCCCUGCUGAACCGGGCCCUGAACCGCGAGCAGGUCAUCGCCGUGCACAUCGACAACGGCUUCAUGCGCAAGAGGGAGAGCCAGUCCGUGGAGGAGGCCCUCAAAAAGCUGGGCAUCCAAGUCAAAGUGGUGAAUGCAGCUCAUUCCUUCUAUAAUGGUACAACAACUCUGCCCAUCUCGGAUGAGGACAGAACUCCACGGAAGAGAAUUAGCAAGACCUUAAAUAUGACCACAAGUCCUGAGGAAAAAAGAAAAAUCAUUGGUGACACCUUUGUGAAGAUUGCCAACGAGGUUAUUGGAGAAAUGAACCUGAAACCCGAAGAGGUUUUCCUGGCCCAGGGAACCCUCAGACCUGACCUCAUUGAAAGCGCCUCCCUCGUGGCCAGUGGCAAAGCUGAGGUGAUCAAAACCCACCACAACGACACGGAGCUGAUCCGGAAGCUGCGGGAGGAGGGCAAAGUAAUAGAACCACUGAAAGACUUUCACAAAGAUGAAGUGAGAGUGCUGGGAAGAGAGCUUGGCCUUCCUGAAGAGCUGGUUUCCAGGCACCCCUUCCCAGGUCCUGGUCUGGCAAUCAGAGUGAUCUGUGCUGAAGAACCUUAUGUGUGCAAAGACUUCCCAGAGACAAACAACAUCCUGAAAAUAGUUGCGGAUUUUUCUGCGAGUGUGAAGAAGCCACACACUUUGCUGCAAAGGGUCAAGGCGUGUACAAGUGAAGAAGACCAGGAGAAGCUGAUGCAGAUUACAAGCCUACAUUCACUGAAUGCCUUCUUGCUACCAAUCAAAACUGUGGGAGUGCAGGGUGACUGCCGCUCCUACAGCUACGUCUGUGGCAUCUCCAGCAAAGAUGCUCCACACUGGGAGUCCCUGAUGUUUCUUGCUAGGCUCAUCCCACGCAUGUGCCACAACAUAAACAGAGUUGUGUAUGUGUUUGGCCCCCCGGUCAAAGAGCCCCCCACAGAUGUCACCCCCACUUUCCUGACCACAGGAGUCCUCAGCACUUUACGUCAAGCUGACUUUGAGGCUCACAACAUUCUCAGGGAGUCUGGUUACGCCGGAAAAAUCAGCCAGAUGCCGAUAAUCCUGACCCCACUGCACUUCGACCGGGACCCCCUGCAGAAGCAGCCCUCCUGCCAGAGGUCUGUGGUCAUCAGGCCCUUCAUCACCAGUGACUUCAUGACUGGCAUCGCAGCCACCCCUGGCAACGAGGUCCCAGAGGAGGUUGUGUUGAAAAUGGUGGCAGAGAUCAAGAAGAUUCCUGGCAUUUCUCGGGUGAUGUAUGACUUGACAUCAAAGCCACCAGGAACUACGGAGUGGGAGUAAUUAACUCUUUUUCUAUCCAAGUACUGUGUGCAGUCUAAACCAUAUCAGAAACCAUUCCCAGUGUUGACAUGCAGUACUGUGAAAGAGUGACUGGAGCUGCUACAUCGCAUCAGAUUCCUCUCCUGGAGCAUAAUCCUGCAGUUCAGAGCUGUGCUGGGGAUGAUCCCGCCGUGGGGUGAGGAUUGUACGGGUAAAGAACCGUGGCAGCACUGCCGGGCACACACAGGUCCCUCCUGCUUCUGCCUUUGUCUUACAGUUCUCCCCGUUCUCAUGGGUUUUACUGUCAUUUCGGUGUCUCUUUGUUUUUUGUACACUGUGUAAAAAGAGACAGUUUAUUUACUUCUACCAAAAGCAUUGUUCCAGCCUAAACGUGUAAAAGGAAUCCUUUGUGACCAACUGCUUUCGGACGGAUUUAUUAUAAAUAAAUAUUUUGCCAAAUGGAGUAGUGGGCACUGUCGAGUUGUGCAGUUACUGUGUAUGUUGUGUACUGUUAACUUGUUCUAUAUUGUUUGACUCUUGGCCCAUGGCAAUAAUGUUGAGCAAGGCUGAAAUCUCCUGCCAUCCCCUCUGUCCGUGUGUCUGUCCUGGCCCGGCAGGUGAGUGUGUGCUGACACGCUGCCUGUGUGUGUGCCCGUGGCAAACUGCAGGCAGGGCAGGAUCCCUGGGUGCUCUGGGGAUGGAUAGAAGUGUCACACUGGGAGUGCAGCUGGCACAGCUGUUGCACCAGAGCUGCUGGAUCUGAGAGCCCUGUUUGCCCCCUCGCCGCUCCUGCUGCCCCCUGUGCUUUCCUGGGACUCGGUGACAGUUUAUUUUCUGCACAUUUGCUUUUACAGGAGUUUUUUGGGGUAUGUAUUGUGCUUUGCUUGAUCUGUGAGGUCAUUCUAGUCAUUAGUGUGAAGCCCUGGGGUCGGGGCUGACUUCCCAACCCGUGUAGAUCCUCCUGUCACUCGUGUUCUGCUGUUUGUAGUGAAGCAAUAAUUGGAGAGAUGGAUACUUUGGAUGUGGAGUUUUUCUGAUGGUUUAAGGCAAAGCCAUUUCCAUCCACCUGAGAAUCCUGAGCAUGUCCUGUGCCAGGAACAGUUCGAUUCUGACCUGAGCAGGUUGCUGGGUGCCUGCCGGUACCUCCCCGGGAGAACUGGAAUGUGUAUCCAGGCUCAUCCCUCUUAUCCCUGGUUUUCUGGUUUAGCAGUUGUUCUGUUCAGCUGCAAGUUCACCAUAGUGUUAUGGGGUAAAAUACUUGGUUUAAACUGUUCAGUAACAUGGAGUAUUUCAUGGCUGUAGCUACUUCUCUCUCCCCUUGCCUGGAUUUGUGAACUGGAAUAAUGUUGGAAGUGUUUGUUCUAUAUUUUUGGUUGCACACAUUUUCCUGUUCUUACAUUCACUGCCUACACAUUUAUGGAAAUUGGGUUUAACUUCUGCUCAUAGGAAAUGGCCAACUGGUGUAAAUGUUUUCUUUUGCCUGUGUCAGGGGUGGUUUUUCACGAGGGGGAGGAUCUGGUGUGUUCCAGCCCUCAGCUCCGGGGGCUGAUGGGGACACGGGGAUGCAGGAGGGCAGCACACCAGUGGCUGGUGUAAUGUGGAGUUGGGACCUGCCUCCCCCUCCAGCCCUGCUCCUGGAGGGCUUUGCAGCCUGGGCACAUUGAGUUUAGUCUGUCUCAGUUGUCUCCUUUAGAACAGGGAGUGGUGACUUGCACCAGUCACAGUCUCCCGGAGCCCUUUGGAUGAGCUUUUUGUGGUGUCAGUGAUUGCCAAUCCAAAUGUUCCUUUGCUGCAGGAAGGUGAUUUGUGGGAGCUCUUGGUUAAACCCUGCACGUGGAGUUUGCUGGGGCAGAACCUGGCCUAGCAGGGUCCUGGGAAAACAAGCUGGUCUCAGAGGAGAGCUCCCCAAGGAAGGUACAGCUUCAGAGUGCACUUCAUUUCUGGUCAGGGAAGGAAAGGCUCAGGACAGCUGUUGUCAGUCCUGGGUGGUGUCUCCGCUCCACGGAGUGCAAGGAGUGAAGCCUUUUGGAGUGGUGCAGAAAUCCCUGAGCCUUCCCUGCUCCCCCAGCUCUCCCUGUGCGCAGGCUCGGCCCCGCUGCUGCCACAGCUCGUGUUGCCUUGACAGCAAACAGGCAAAGCUGGAGGAGUCACUAAAAAUAAUGCAAAUAGCGCAGAGCCCCUUGAAAAACAAACCCCCCUCAGGUUUGGCCAAGACACCAGCUCUCUGUGUAGAUGGACCUGCAGUCUGUAGUGCCAUAGUUCUGAUGUAACUCGGGAUAAAACCCUCGUGGUGGUGGUUGGGGGUCACAGGAGUGGUUGUACCUCUGCCCACACAGCUGCAGCACACCUGGGCAGCAAUCCCUUCCUUACUGCAUGCUGCACACUUGGAAAAGUCCUCCUUGGAGUUGCAUCUUAACUACAGGCACGAUGUCUCCCUGUGUCCUGAAGUCUGCCAUGCACUCAUCCCAUCCUUUAAUGCCCUGGGCUGCAUUCCUGCAGCUGGACAGCAGUCCUGUGUUCUUCUCUUUAAGCCAGAAAGUUGACUAUUGAAAAUGUUAGGCAUAAACUAUUGCACUAUGAAUCCAAAUGUCUUAUGGAAAUGGGAUUUGUGCCCCUUAGCUGUCUCCCCCGUUUGACACCUGUGCCAUGCGUUGUAGCCGUGGUGGGUUGUUCUUGGCAAGGUUGGUGUGAUCAUCCCGGCGGUUCUUGGGUGUUUCUGUGGAAUCCACGUGUACUGGACAGCCACAAGUGGAGAGAAACAUCAUACUCUGUUCACAUUUCUUUAAAAAAAAAAUAUAUAUAUUUAGCACCUAGUUUACAAACUAAUACCUGUAGCUGCCCUGUACAAUUGUUCACCUCGAGUCUUCAGUAAAACAUGUCAGCAGUUAGAGGAAUUUGUAUUGGGGGCGUUCCCCAUCAGUCUCAAUUUUUAACAUUUUUCUGCUUGUGAAAUGAUAAAAGUACUGUGAGCCUUAAUUUUUAUCCACAAAUAAAAAUAUUAUGUUUGAA